AUGUCUACUCCUGCUGAGAUCAUAGCUGCUCGUUAUUCAACAGAGCCUGAAGAAGUUGCUCAGCCUUAUGAGGAAGAACAGCCCGUUGCAGUAACUGCUCCAAGCUCUACCUCAUCCACCUCUGGAUUUUCCACUCCCUCACUUGCUGAUGAAUCUGCCUUUCCAACAUUAGGUGGUGCCUCAGGUGUAUCCAGUACCCCUACAUGGGUUAAGCCAGGUUCGGUUCCUGCCUCGUCAGCUUCGUCUGCUAGCAGCAACGGUUCUGCAUCCGCUCCUACUCCUGCUCCUGCUCCUGCAGCUGCUCUGUUUGAAACUCCAAAGCUUGCGUCCAACACCAACUCCGGCUUGUCCAAUGGUAGCAGAACUACUUUCAAAUCCUCCACCAUCCAAGACGCAUUCUCCCUUGACACUGAAGACCAGUUGAACGUCACUAGACCGGAAUUUAUCAAGCUCUUGACCUCCAUUAAGACAGAAACCAAGACGAAUAUUGAAUGUACCACUUCUCAGCAUACCAAGAAGAGAACUUUCUUGAUCACUGGUAAGCCUCAGGACGUUAAGUUGGCCAAGAGAUUAGUCAUUAAGAAAUUGACUAGGCCAGUUACCAUUUCAUUUUCUAUCCCAGCUAAGGUUAGAUCUAAGGUAAUUGGACCCCAAGGUAGAGUAUUGAAGCCAAUUAUUCAAGCCAAUGAGGUUAGAGUUGACAUUGGCUCCCCUCAAGAAGAUACCGCCGACGAAACUGCUGACGUAAGUGCUGGGGACAGCGAUGAAGAUGAUAUCUAUUCUCAGACCGUUCAAGUCACCAUUGAAGGUGACGUUGAAGGUUGUAAGCAUGCCAAGGCUCAAAUUCAAGCCAUUGUAAGAGAAGCCACUAAAUCCUUGACCAUCAAGAUCCCAAUUGCUGAUAUCGUCAAGCCAUUCGCCGCAAAGGGCUUAUCGAAAAUUGUGGAAUCCGUUGCCGACGUAGUCGAUGUAUAUAUCCCAGACAAUUCUUCGAAUUCAACUACUAUUUUACUUUCUGGUGACAGAGAAGCAGCACUCGCUGUGAAACCGAAGAUCAUUGCUGAAUUAGCAAACAUUGAGCUGAACUUGUCAGUAGAAGAAGUUCCAAUUCCAAAAUUGAAACAUCAAUUCUUACCUACUAAGCAGAUCUUAGACUUGUUCAAUGUUUUAAUUAAAUUACCUGGUGAAGGUGAAUCCAAUGUUAAAUUCGUUGGUCAGAAGAAAAACAUUAAAUUGGCUCAAGAAGAAGCCAGAAAGACAACUUCACAAUACAAGGUAGAAGUCUUAGAUAUGUCUAAGGCGCAUAAGGGAAAUAUUUCACAUGUGAAAGCUGUUGCCUUAUUUUUAUCCAAGAUUGGAUCUUUCAAGGAAAUCGGUAAAAAGAAUGAAGUUAUAAUUAAUGCUCCAUCGAUUGGCCAAUUACAAUCCGAGGAAACAACCUCCAGCAUCCCUAUUGAGAUUAUUUCUAAGAAUGAUCAAGCUGAAAACACCAAGGCUGCUAAGAAGGCAAUUGUUAGUACUGUUAAUAAAAUUUCUCCAGAGGUUACGAAAGUUGUCAGCGACAUCGAUGAAUUUUUCAUUCCAAAAGUCCCACAAGCUAUCAAUUCAGUUUCCAAGGAAAACAAUGUUGAAUACGUCAUUUUAGGUAAUGUUAUCACCUUGUUUGUUAAUGAGGAAGCUAGCAAUGAUGAGGAGAACGAAGAUUUUGAAGAUUUUGAAGACUCAUCUAAGUCUUUGGAAUCAUUAAACAAGGUAGAUCAGGCAUUGAAUGAAAUUAGGGAAUUGGCUAAGACUUUAGAUUCCAAGACCCUUAAAUUUGGAAAGGACGAAGUUUCCCGUGUCUCUGGUCCAAGAGGAACUACUUUAAAGGCUAUCUUAAAGGAAGUUUCACCAAAUUCUGUUCUUGUUAAAUUGAAAGACAAUGGUGAAGUUUUCAUUCACGGUACUAAGACUGAAGUUGCUACUAUUGUUAAGGAAAUCGAACAAGUUGUUAAGGAUGGUGCUGAGACUAUAUCUACUUCCGUUGAAGUUCCAUCCUUUGUUCUUUCAAGAUUGAUUGGUAAGAAUGGUUCUAACUUAAAUUCAUUGCAAGAUGAAUUCGCUGUUAAGAUCAACGUUGAUAACCAACAACAAUCUAGUGCUGCAGAUGAGGAUAAGUCUUCGAAGACUAACAUUAGUAUCUCUGGUGUUAAGAAAAACGUUGAUGUUUGUAAAUCUCGUAUUUCUGACUUCGCUAAGAGAUGGGCGGAUGAAACUUUGACUAGAGUGAGAGUCGAAGAACAGUAUCACAGAAAGAUCAUUGGUGCUGCUGGUGUCUAUAUCAACAGAUUACAAGAUAAGUAUAAUGUUAAGAUUAGAUUCCCUUCUAGUGAUGGAUCUGCAUCGACUUUUGCUGACGCACCAAGAAACAAAGACGAAGUCACCAUUAAGGGUCCAUCAAGAGGUGUUGCCAAGGCUGAAGAAGAAUUAAGAGAAUUAUACCAAUUUGAAAAGGAGAAUGGUUUCAAGAAGACUCUCCAAAUUCCUUCAAAGGCCGUUGCCAGAGUUAUUGGUAAAUCUGGUGAAACCAUCAAUGAUAUUGCAGAUGGUUCUGGAAUUGAAUACAGGUUCAACAGAGAUUUGGAUGAAAAGGAAUUGGGAUAUAUCGAGUUGGAAUUAACAGGUUCUAAGGCUGCAUUGAAGAAUGCUACUGAAAAAAUUGAAGAGAUCAUCGAAGAGAUUGAAAACUUCGUUACCGUUUCAAUUGACGUCGAUCCUAAAUAUCAUCGUAAUCUUAUUGGCCAAGGGGGUUCUGUAAUGAGAGAGAUUAUCGCCAAGGCUGGUGGUGAAAACAUCUCUAGACCUAAAUACCACAAGUUAUUGAUCAUUCCAGAUGAAGGUAAUGGAUCUAGAGAAGUUGUUUCCAAGGGUGAUAAGUCCAUUGUAAACAAGGUCAUCGAACAAGUUAAAGCUAUAAUUGCGCUUAAGGAAGCAGCAGUAACAGAAGAGUAUGAGUUACCAAAAGAAAAGCAUAGAUUGGUUGUUGGUACUGGUGGUUAUGUUCGUCAAACUUUACAAGAAAAAUUCAACUGUACUAUUAACGUUCCUAAGCCAGAUUCAUCUUCUACCGUUCUUAAGUUAGAAGGUUUACCAGAAGAUCUUGCGAAAUUGAAGUUAGAGUUAGAUGAAGUAACUAAAGAUGACUGGAAUGAAGCUAUUGAUAUCCCAGAAAAAUUCCAUACUUUGGUUAGUGAAAGGGGGGCCAUUUUCGGUUACUUAAAGAACGAAUUUAAUGUUGAUGUGCAGCAUGGAAACACCCAAUCUAAAGCUAAUAAGUUGUCUAAGGCAAAGAUCCCAACUCCUCCAGGAAGUGCAGCCGGCUCUGAUGAUUCUAACAAGUUCACAAUUGUGGAAGGAAUUGACUUUGCCAGUGAUUCACCUGAUAUCAUAGUAUGGAGAUUGAAGGGUGAAAAAGCUGAUACUGCUAAGGCAGCAAAGUAUAUCGAAUCCCGUUUGAGUGCUGCCCAAGCGGCAACCUCUACUGGUUGGUUCUACUUCCAAAAGUCUUCUAGCGUAUCUAAGAUAAUUGGACCAAGAGGUGCAAAGCUUAAUAAGAUAAGGAAGGCUUCUAACUGUUUCAUCACUGUUCCAAAGCCAAAGGAUGAGAAUGAUCAAUUUGUCUACUUGAUUGGUAGUGAAAACGGUUUGGAAAUCGCCAGAAAGGAGAUUGAAAAGGCCAUCUAA